AUGCACCUCCAUGCACCUCUACUGUUCAGCCUUUUCCUGUGCGCUUCUAUUUGCUACGGCGCAAUCUAUGAGAGCGUAGCUGAUCUUCCUGGUACGGAAUUUGACUUUGUGGUCAUUGGCGGUGGUGCAGGCGGCGCUGUUGUAGCUAAUCGGUUGACUGAGGAAGACUUUUCCGUCCUUAUUCUUGAAGCUGGACCAUCCGAUCGUGACCUGCUGUCGAUUGAAAUACCAUAUCUAGUGGGGUUAUUAGGGAACGACCCAUACUAUUGGAAUUACUCGACUACCGUGCAACCUGGCCUCAACAACAGGACUACUACCUUUCCAAGAGGUCAUGUGCUCGGCGGAAGUACUUCUAUCAAUGCCAUGAUUUAUACCCGCUGCUCUCCAGAGGAUUACGACCGGUACGCAAAUUUCACCGGGGACCCAGGCUGGUCUUGGGAGAGUCUCAAGCCUUAUGUCUCCAAGAAUGAAAAAUGGGUACCGCCUGCCGACAGUCACGACACUACCGGACAAUACGACCCAGCUAUACAUAGCUUAGACGGCAUAAACGCAGUCAGCCUUCCAGGUUACCCUCAACCCACUGAUGAACGAGUCUUACGAACAACAUCCGAGUUACCCGACGAGUUUCCCCUUCUACUCGACGUCAAUUCAGGGAUGCCUACUGGCGUAGGAUAUAUGCAAGCCACAAUCAAUGACGGCAAAAGAAGUAGCUCUGCUGUAUCGUACUUAGGUCCCGAUUUUAUCAACAGAGCGAAUCUUCACGUGUUGCUCGGUGCUCAAGUGACCAAGGUCAUUCAGAGUGACGAGGCCGAGCUCAAUUUCGAUAUUGUGGAAUUUUCCGCCUCUUCAGAGGGAUCGACGCAGCUUUUCACUGUUACAGCAGCCAAGGAAAUCAUCCUUUCUGCAGGAGCCAUAGGAACGCCGCAUAUUCUUCUCAAUUCCGGCAUCGGCGGUGCAGUAGAACUUUCGGAGGUUGGCAUACAGGCCAUUGUCGACUUGCCGGAUGUAGGCAAGAACCUGUCUGACCAGCCGAUACUCUGGAACAAAUGGUACGUUAAUGAUACCAACACCUGGGACGACAUCUUCCGAAAUCUGACGUACCGAAACGAACUGGUGACGCAAUGGAACGAGACGAGGACAGGGCCGUUAGUGGACACGCUUCUCAGUCAUAUCGCAUGGUCACGUCUUCCCGACAAUUCGCCGAUCUUUGAAAGGGUCAACGAUCCGGCGGCCGGACGAAACACUCCUCAUACCGAGCUUGAAAUUCAAAAUGCAUGGAGCAUACCAGUCUCUGGUAUUCCAGACACUGGAAACUUUAUGAGCAUAGCGACUUGCGUUGUAUCACCGGCUUCACGCGGAACAGUCAAAUUAAACUCUUCGAAUCCAUUAGAUCCUCCACUGAUCGACCCAGCCUAUCUCGCAAGUGAAUUUGACGUUUUCGCUAUGAUAGAAGCAGUGAAAAGCGCUAAACGAUUUCUGUCCGCGCCAGCGUGGGAGGGUUAUGUCCUAGAGGCGUAUGGUGGAUUGGUCAACGCGACAACGGACGAAGCUCUAGAGGAGUAUGUGCGCGAAAACGUUGGGACGGCUGCUCACCCUGUGGGUACUGCUAGUAUGUCCCCGAGGUUUGCAGAUUAUGGUGUCGUAGAUCCAGAUUUGGUCGUGAAAGGCGUAUCUGGGUUACGCGUGGUUGACGCGUCUAUCUUUCCCUUUGUGCCGGCUGGUCAUACUCAGGUUCCAACGUAUAUCAUAGCGGAGCGCGCGGCAGAUCUCAUCAAGGCGAAGUGGUUGGAAAACACUAGCUUUUGA